AUGACAAUAACGUGGACAACGCUGAAAGAAGCUACCAACUCAGGUGUUUUAUACGGCGUGGAAAAACCGGAAACCUAUGCCUCAGCUACUCAAAAGGCUUUUGUUGAUGGCGGUGAGGAACAACGCGUGACGUACAUUCACACCGUCACAUUGAGGAAUCUUCAACCGAACACAUCUUACGUCUACAAAGUUGGGAACAAUGACACCAACGGUGAUUCAAAUUGGUCUUCUCCUUAUACCUUCCGAACGUUACCCAUGGGCUCUAACUGGUCGGUCACUUGCGCCAUGCUAGGAGAUUUAGGGGCGGAUAGAGGAUUCUCAAUUCCCCAUUUGGAAGAAGAAGCCAAAGCCGGUGCUUAUCAUAUGAUCCUUCAUAACGGUGACUUUGCCUACGAUUUCGACAAGGAAAAUGGACGCCUUGGAGACAGGUUUAUGCGUCUAAUGCAGGAGACAACGGCUCGAGUCCCUUACAUGACUGCAGUUGGAAAUCAUGAAAGCGCAUAUAACUUUUCGCAUUACAAGAACCGUUUUAACAUGCCAGGCAACAAUGAUGACAUGUUCUACAGCAUCGAUGUUGGACCUAUUCACUGGAUUGCCUAUGUCUCUGAUUAUUACUAUUAUAUGCAAUUCGGAACUGAACAAAUAUAUCGACAGUACGCGUGGCUGGAAAAGGAUUUGCAGGAGGCAAACAAGCCGAUAAACCGAGCGAAACGUCCAUGGAUCAUAGCUUUCAGUCACAGACCCAUGUACUGCUCAAACGACGACGAUGAACACUGCCAAAACCCUGACAAUCGAAUUAGGGAGGGAAUCAAAAUCGCCGACGGGAAGUCAAAGUAUUUUGUUCUUGGUCUGGAAGAUCUUUUCUAUCGCGAGGGUGUCGACAUCGUAUUUGGUGCUCAUGAACAUUCCUACGAGAGGUGUUACCCUGUUUAUAAACAGAAGGUAGACAUUUGUUAUAAAACCCAUUUUAUUUAG